CUUCCGCAGCCGCCAUCGUCGGGACGCCAGGCAUCUCCUCGCCAUGUCGUCCCACAAGACCUUCAAGAUCAAACGCUUCCUUGCUAAGAAGCAGAAGCAGAACCGGCCAAUCCCACAAUGGAUUCGCAUGAAAACGGGCAAUAAGAUCAGGUACAACUCCAAAAGGAGACACUGGAGAAGGACCAAGCUGGGCUUGUAAAAAAGACUGUCCCCUGGGAACUCUAAUAACACUUGUCUUUCUGCAUCAGAUGGAUCCACCCCCUAUGCUGUUGGGCAACACCCAAGUGAUUCCUUACGUAGUGCUGGACUGCAGUCCCCAGUGUUCUGGGGUUUCUAUAAGCUAGUCUGGGAUAUCGAUGUUAAAAUCUUGGAAGCAAUUUGCGUCUGAAACAUGGAGACUGUGUUCUAUUAGUGUUCUUUUUUCAGGCACCAUCACAAGUAUUGACAGUGUACAGGCUUACUAAUAAAUAUGAACCUG